UUGCUUUGUUGGGGACACUUAACUUCUAGUGAUUACCGUCGAAUUGAUUACAGAGACCGUCUCUGCAUUUAAUAACAAAUUGUUUAAUCCCAUCACUAUACAUGCCUAUCAUUGUACUCUCCUAUUUUAUACUGUUCAGUGCUUUGAUACAACCUGUGUUGUUAAAAGCGCUAUAUAAAUAAAAUUGAUUGAUUGAUUGAUUGGUGUCCUAGUGGCCUGUAUACAGUAGCCAAUACAAAUAUCACAGAGGAUUUAUCACAAGCACAUGCUUCUCUAGAUAAUGUUAUGUGCAGUACCAUUACUUCAAACAAGUUAUGCUUAAAGCCUGCCCUCUGAGAAGUACUAAGAAUAUUGCUAUAAAUCACCUAUCAACACCUCCCCCUUUACCUUUUGUACGUUGCUUAUUUUUAUAGCAGUAAUCUUGGUGGGUAGACUCAUUUAAAGUAAUGUAUUCAUCUGGUUUUAGCCAGGUUUCUGUUAAACAAAGGAAAUCUAGGUUGUAAACAUUGAUCAAAUCAUUUAUAUAAAGUGCUGGCUAACUAAUGAGGGUAAUUCAUGCACAUUUAAGUGAAGAUUAUAAUUAGAACCUUUUCCAGAAUGUUUAAAAAUUGACCCUUUUUUAAAAAGGAUAUUUUAAUAAAUUGUGUUAAUAUUAAAUAUUUCCAUUAAUUAGACAGACAUUUCAGACAUCUUCACUUUUCAUUAAACCCUAUAGACUAAUUAACUGAAAUCAUAAAGUUUGCAUUCAUAGUGUUUCUAUUAUGGCAUGUUAAAAAUUAAAUAUGGAUAUUAACAAGUAGGCUAAUGGAACAAUUUUGACUUUGAGAUUAAUCAAAAGAUGAAUAAUUUUUGCAUACCAUAGCUAAAUUAACAAAUGUUUUUAUUUUCUGUAAUAACAUAAUGGCUGAUCAUCAUUCCACAUAUAGAAAACACACAUUGUUUUUAAGGGGGACAUCUCCCCCCAUUUAUGUGAGGAAACUGAAACUCUAGAACAUGUUUAUUUAACGUUAUUUGUUUAAACAUAAGGAUACAAUAUACAUCUAUAGCAGUAGAUGGCGGUAUGGCGGUUUUCCCCUCAUUCCCAGUAAAUCCACAGAAGAAGACGAAGAAAAAGCGUCAGCUCCGGCGCGCUCUUUGGCGCGCUAUAAUUACAUCAACGUCUUAAUUUGCACAUCAAUUUUCUUCCCUCUUUCUCUGUUUGGAACAUUUACUCUACAGAAUAGGGUCAGCCUUAACUAGUGACUGAUUUCGGUCGCGGCUAAUGUUCAGCGGAAUACAGCGCCCCAGUUAUUGUGGAAAACCGGACAAGACGAGAUGACAGAAGAGACCGACGAUUUACAUUGAGAAGGAUUUAACAGCCUGUUCAUGUGCGAAUGAUGCGCCGUCAUUGGUUGCUGGUUGGUGCUUGUGGCUGGGUGUUACUUAUCCUUAUGUUCAUCAGCAAGUUCAUCAACUUCAGCUUCAGAAUACCAGGUGACUAUGCGGAGAGGAGAGAGAUGUUUGUUUGGACCUUUCCAUCUGUUACGACAAAACGUACUGCAGUCCAGUGGUCAGACAAGGGAGCAUCACAGCCAUAUAUAUUGUCCUCAGUUGGUCCCUCUGUGGUGGAGCCCAUAGACUGGCAGUCAGUGAAUGAGAAGCGUCUGGAGCUCUUAUCAACUGUUUGCAGAAACUCAACUAUGUGGAACCUUACCCACACAACUGUGGACAAGUUUGUCUUGGACCGCAUUUUUGUGUGUGACAAGCAUAAAAUUCUCUUCUGUCAGACACCCAAAGUUGGAAAUACUCAGUGGAAGAAGGUUCUAAUUGUCCUUAAUGGAAUGUUCUCAAAAGUUGAAGCUAUACCAGAGAACCUGGUUCAUGAUCAUGAAAGAAAUGGUUUACCCCGCCUGUCCUCUAUGACGGACACAGAAAUUCAUCAAAGGUUAAAUUCCUAUUUCAAGUUCUUUAUUGUGAGAGACCCAUUUGAGCGUCUGAUAUCUGCUUUCAAGGACAAGUUUGUGAAGAACCCAAGAUUUGAACCUUGGUACAAACAUAACAUUGCCCCAGCCAUCAUUCGCAAAUAUCGCAGGAGUCACAAUGAUGAUAGUGAAAGUGUGGGUCUUCAGUUUGAAGACUUUGUACGGUACUUGGGUGACAAGUCAGGCCGACAGCGCUUGGACAGGCAGUUUGGCGACAACAUUAUUCACUGGCUGACAUAUGCUGAUCUAUGUGCUCCUUGUGAUAUUUCUUACAAUGUUGUGGGUCACCAUGAGACCCUGGAACGUGAUGCUCCUUAUAUUCUAAAAGCUGCUGGUAUUGCUGACCUAGUGUCAUACCCCAAUAUUCCACCAGGGAUAACCCGCUACAACCGCACCAAGGUGGAACGCUAUUUUACUGGAAUCAGCCAACGAGAUGUCCGUCGGCUCUAUGCUAGCUACCAGGGAGACUUCAGCCUGUUUGAUUAUCAGAGACCUGCCUUCCUAUUGGACUGACAUAGAGAUUUCCUUUUUUUUGUAUAAAUAUCUGAAUUAUAUGGCUUCCUCAAAAAUAGUGUUCAAUUGCCUAGUCUAUAUUGGAGUAUAUAAUUUUUCUUUUAGAACUUAAUUAGUUACUUUAAACAUAAUAAUAUGUUUAUACAUGCAUACACAUAUGGAUGAGGCUUGAUAAGGGAUCUGCACUAGAGAGUAACUUUAAACAUAAAUUAUUAAGAUCAAACCAUGCAUUAUUGAAGGUUUUUUGUUCGUUUUUUCUUUGGUUAAUAUCUGUAUUUGCCAUAUGAUAAUGAAGUGCCAUAGUAUUGAGAAAGGUUUUAUGGAUUUCAUGAACUAUAUUUCAGACAUAGUAUAUUAGGUAAAACAAUACUAUUAUAAAUGAUCAAAUGUUGACAGUAUUUGACAACUUGCCUUUUUUUAACCAGUUUACUAUAAACUCAUUUUAUGAAAUAGUAUCUUAUCUAUCCUUUAUACUUAAAGGAUAGGAGGUACUCAAGCAUCCCAAAAGAUAUUUUAUAUUGUUUUUAUAUUGACAUUGUUCAGUUUCAUUCUUGUCUAUAAUAAAUUGUCCUUCAUCGUGAAACUGCACACAUUAUUACGUUAAAAAUGUACUCCUUAUCAUGCAAAUAUUUGAAGCUUGAGAUGAAUAUAAAGAUUUAAGAUAUAACACUAAUAUAAUGUAAUUAAAAAUAUAACCUUCAAACCAACUUUUUAAGCCAUCAAGAAGGCUCAGUUUACAGGUUCUGUCAUAGUAAAAGGGUUCAUAUUAGAACCUGGCCCACUUUUAAGGUUUUUUUUAUUAUUAUGGUCCAUGGAGAUCUAUUUUGUAAAUAUCUGAGGCCUGUGGUCACUACCAUUACUAAUACUACUACUAAUAGUAAUUAUUAUUAUUCCACUUUAUUAUUUAUUUAUUUAUUUUAUUCCUUUGCUCAUUAUAACACCCAUUUGACACCCUAAAGUGGACGUUGCCUAACAAGCACAAACUGGGUUGAUAAUAAAUGUCCAAAAAUCCAAUGACAAAGGCAGUUAAGUACAGAGACCUGGACAUGACAUGCAGGUGGUCAUUUUUACAGUGGUCAUUUUUUACAAUCACAAAAUAAUAGAAUUUUAAAGUGGAAGCCAGUUAAGUUUACAUUAUUUAGUAAAGUGAUGUCUACAUCAUAUUUGUUUUAUAUUUGUCAAUUAAUGAAAAAAGGAUGUCUUUUGGAACAAAGGCAGCACCAUCUUGCAAUACCACAGUGAGUGACAUCACAGUGUUGGUUUGCUCUGCUGGACAUUAAUAUAACCAUCUAUUUAUAUUUUGAACACAAUGCUAUUUUAAUACACAGACAUUUUGGUUUACGCCAUAAUUUGGAUGAAUAUUAAACAUCAAACUGUCUAUGCUGAAUUUUGAUCAUGGUAUCCCAAACAUUGUUUUCAUAAUGCGAGACUCAACAGGAUGUAAACAAACAAUGCUUAAUACAAUAUAAUUUAUGUAAGCAUUAACGUUUGAAGGCUGUGCUUAUCGGCAUUCAGUACAUCUGUUUUCCGUUUUUUAGUUUUAAAACAGACUGAUUCAUGAGAUGGCAUGCGUCAUUAUAGUGUAAACUGAUGCACAUAUGAACAUAUAUAAUCAUACUGGAAACAGAAAACUAGAUAUCACAAUAAUCCCAUCUCAGAUGCAUGCACGCAUCAACAUAUCUCUGCAUCAGAAGCAUUUAUUAGACGAGGAAGGGUGUAGUCUCAAAAUGAAAGAAGAAGGAGUCACUCAUACGUCAUUAAAUAAAUAACAGACAUUUCAUUUUACUGAAAUACAUAACACACAGUUUUAAUGCUGGUUUCUUGAUUGUUUAUGUUGCUAAGGGUGGUUGCUAAUGGUGUUGCUCAGUGACGCACAGAACCAUUGGGAAAAGCGG